CGAUAUCAUCCCAGUCUCGCACCAAGUCAUCCCUCAUCGCCGUUUCUGCGUAUAAAAGAGCGGUCUGCUUCCGAAGUCAAAAGCAGCCAAGACUUCUUGCCACAUCAUGAAGGCGCCCGUGCUGUUCAUUCUCUUCGUGGGAAGUGCCCUAGGAAAGUCCACGCGAGGGACCGCCGCCUUCACAGUCACGUACAGUGAGGCGGCGCAGAAUGGCCCUUACAAAAUGUUCACCGACUAUGCACCUGACCUUAGUGAAUACGACUACGACAAUGCCAUUAAGAGUGUCUAUCAGACCGGCAUGUGGGUGUACUACGAGAACGUGCAGUACAACCAGCAACCGGGCAGAGUCUACUGGGUUCACGGGAUCGAAAUUACGGCAGACUUUUCUAGUGAUUAUUCGUACAUGGCUUCCUCGCUGAAGUUCGUCGGCAGCCCUGAGAUUAUGGACGCGGAUGGAUUCACAGUGUUCGAAGGGACGGCUUUCACGGGCAGCGAAUUUUACAGUGAAUCGGACGCCGCCGACCUGGGACCCUUGACUAGAAAGGGGUCCUCCAUCGUCAUCACAGGCACCAGCCCGUGGACUUUCUACAGCGACAACUACUGGUCGGGGCGGCACAUGUGUCUCUUUCCCAACAUCCACGACGAAGGAGCUAACGGCGAGGUUCUCAACUUUGGCAUGUAUCCUAAUGUGGAAGACAUCGGCAUCAUGGACAACAGCAUCGCUCAGUGCGGAAAGGCUGCUGGGUCCCGAGCGAGGUCGAGGCCGAGCCACUCAAGGCCGAGUCACUCAAGGCCGAGCCACUCAAGGCCGAGCCACUCAAGGCCGAGUACAGGGGGAAGAAUGGAGCCUGGGGAAUCCUGGAGCCUUAAGCAGCUUGGCAGGGUAUGGGAAAUACUUACUCGUAGAUACAGCUACACCUGUCCAUGUUCCCUCUUAUAUCAUGUCUUCCUAUCUCUUCCUCAUGAUUUUUUCCUGUUUUGGCAGGAUUUAUGCCCCGCUCGAAGGACGCGGGCAUCAGGCGUCGCCGCGCCUCGCCAGAAGACCGACUCCGCCAGGACCCGCGGCCGCACCAUGAAGGGCGUCGCUCUCAUUCUCCUGCUCGUGGGAGUUGCUGUCGGGGGUCCUGUUACCCAAGUCUUUAGCGGAGCAGCGCUUAGUGGCGUCAGCCAUAUUUUCAGUUCAUAUGCAUCUGACCUCAGCAACUACGACUUUGACAACACAAUAAGUAGUGUCUCCCAGACCGGAAUGUGGAUAUACUACGAAAAUGUGGAUUACAAUCGGCUGCCUGGAAAGGUGUACUGGGUGCAUGGAAUUGAAAUAGCAGCUGCCUUCCCAAUCGCUUAUUCGAAUAUAUCUUCAUCGCUCAAGUACGUUGGCAGCCCUGACUUAUAUCAAGAUACUUGGACAGUGUACGAGGGAAGCCUUUUCACGGGCAGCGAGCGGUACGGGACCGGCAGCACGACCAGCAUCGAGAAACGAGGCUCGUCCAUAAUCCUUACCGGAACCAGUCCUUGGACGUUUUACGACGAGGAGGGCUGGACGGGGUCGGGUGUGUGUGUUUACCCCGACACCGACGUCGACUUCGGGGAUGCGGGUGAAGUCUUGUCCUUCGGCAUUUACCCUGAUAUACAAGGCAUCGGCAUCACGGACAACAGCAUCGCCUCGGUUAAAAUGGGCUGCUGGUCCAAGAACGUAGUCAGGGCCGAGCCGCUCGAAGCCGAGCACAGGGGAAGAAACGGCGCCUGGGGAAUUCUGGAGCCUUAGCCCAGGAGCCCGAAGCCGGACGAAUCAUUGGAGUGGAAGCUGGCAACGGGACGACUUGCAAAACUGCAUUGUUUUGCG